AUGAAAUAUUUUCUGUUGCCCCUUCUGUGCAUCCUGGGCACAACAGGAUUCCUCACCGAAGGGUCAGGCUCUGCGACCGAGGCAUCCCCUGGGGUGCCGCAGAGUUUUGGCAGGGCAGAGCCUGGGCUUAGCGGAGGUAGCCGAACCUGGCCCUGGCCGCUUUAUCAUGCAGCAGCCUCUGCGUUGACAGUUGCAGGCCUAACCCUGCAGAUUCGGAGAUACCAAGGGCAGGUCGGAAAGGAGACGAAGAUUCCCAGAAGUGCGGGCACUUCAGCAGUGCAGUCUCACGACGUGGGCUAUGCUGCCUGCACACCUCGUAGCCAGGUGAUGCCAACCGUGGAUGAGACAGGAUGUGGCCGACACUACCUUGAAUACUUCAACUCGGACCCCGGGGAGGAGGAGGAGGACAGGCCUCAGGCAUGCCGGCGGUUUGGGAGGGUGCGGACACUCCCGAACCUCCGGACACUGCCGAAGUUCAGCUCCAUCUCGGCCCCUGUGCCUUUGGAGAGCACCGCUGGGGAUCUGCACAUGUCCGACACGUUCGACCCUGUCUCCGAGAUGUCAGCCAUGUCGGAAGCUGCACCCUCCCUUCUAGAGCUUGGCUGCUUGUUCAACAGCCUUCACAGCCGGGCAAAGGAGGCUGACUUCCAUUUCAUGGAAGCCGUCACGGAUGAGCUGAACGAGCGCUACAAGGUCGGUUUGACUCCAGCCGACGCGCACCGCAUCUACGACAUUCUCAGUAAGCGCGGGACGGAGGAGAUCUCCCGCGAGAACUUCAUGCAAACUCUGCAUGAUCUUUUGUCUGCCGUGGUGGGCUCUAAGCAUCACCUCUCCUUUCGGAAACUCCGUGUGGUGAUGGCUACAGCCUUUGAGCGCUUCGACAAGGACGGUGAUGGCCACAUUUGCGUGGAAGAGUUCGCUUGUGCUCUUCGGAGCUAUGACAUUCGCCUAGGGCCCUCCGAGACGAUGGCGCUCUUUCGCUUCCUGUCCCCGGACGAGAAGGCCCUGACCCGCGAGGACCUCACGGAAGCAACUUCCUUCACCGAUCGCUGUCAACUUGCCUUGGAAGGUGCGCAGGAGAAAGCUGCCGAGUCGACGGGCCUAAGUAGCGCCUCGAAAGUCUUGGGCUCGGAGGGGCAGGGCCCCGAGUGCUGGAUCCAGCGCAUUCAAGGAGCCUUCUCCGGACGAGAUGCCCCGGAGAUCUUGACCGGCGCCGUCGAUCUCGCAACGACCUCCAUGGCAGCGAGUUUGGUGCUCAUGCACGCUCACACGCACCCACACGAUGCAGGCAGUGUUGGUCUCGCCUUUCAGUGGCUGGAGCAGCUUCGUUCGGCUGUAGACAACAUCUCCGCUUCUGUGCUAGACGUGGUCGAUUCCGGCUGCCUAUUGCCACUGCUGAUCUCCAGCUUCUUUGGCGCUUUGAAGUCGCUGGCGGCGACUGACCUUGUUGCUCUGGAUCAAAACGAGGCUCUGCUUUAUGCCCUCAACUUCCACGACAAGGGCUGUUCUGUGAGCCUUUUCCAGCGUCUCUUGUCCUGUGGCGGCUGCCGCUGGGGCGAAGCCCCAGCCGGGGAGACCAUUGCCUCCGAACAGGAGUUGCGAAUUCUAAUUCGCGGCAGAGCUUUGCGCAAAUCUCGGGACACUGCUCAGGAGGAGCUGGAGUUGGGCGCGGUUUUGCAAAGCUCGCAGGAGGAUCAGGUCAUUGCCACGGAAGCCGUCACCUUCGUGGCUUGGGACAUGCACAAACUCGACCAGUUCAUCAGCAAUGCUCAGGACCGUCAGCUUGUGAAGCUCGUCGACGAGAUGAUGCAGGAUGCCUCGGUGGCUGCUGAGCACCGCACCGUCAAGGCUCCGAAGACUGCAGAGUCAGAGGCCUCCGAUGGAUGGACGUCGCUGCUAUCUCCCUUCAGCUCAGCUUUGGGAGAGCACUGUAAGCGUAAAGGUUUCGUCCACUGGCUGCAUCUUCUGGAAGGCCUGCAGCAUAUCCUCGAGAAGGAUGCAUCCGCUUGGGAGAAGAUGGCAGCCGGGCAAGAUGAAGUCUUUCAGGGCUGCACAGCCGCCGCAGUUCAAGCAGAGCAAGCAUUUUUCGUCGUGAGCACCGCCACGGAAGUGCUCGAAUUCUUGGCUGGGUCGCGGAAUGCUGAGACCUGCAGGGCUCAUACGAAGCGCCUGGAGGCUGAGCUGACUGGCGCAGAGGGUGCCAAGGCUGAUGUGGAGCUGGAGCUCGCAAACCUGAGAAAGCUUGCUGCAGCCCCGGCACGAGCGAUCGAUGCCGCAGCACUCUGGGCUGGACGUAUGGUGGCGGCACAGCGGAUAAUUCAAGCGUCAUGCUUCCUCCUGGUGCAUGUCGUGGCCCCUGAAGUUCCGAAGGAAUCGGGCCCGGGCCUCCCCCUGUCUUGCAGCCCACUGUGCUCCAACGGAGACCAGCCCGCCUUGGAUCGGGUGGAAUCCCUGGAAGCUUUGGCACAGCUGCAUGACACGAUUCUUCGAAAGGACUGGCCUAGUGCCGUCUCCGAAGCAGGUUUUAGUCUUGACCUGAGAGCCUUCGUUGUGGCAUUGAAAGAGCUUUCCGAUGCGAACACCGUUCCCUCCACAUGUGAGGCAUUGCAUUGCAGCAACAUCGCGCUACUGGAUGCUCUCCGUUUAGCUCUGCAGGAGUGCAGUCUUGUGCCGACAGCAACUUCGGCAGUCUUCCUGUUGCAUUCGCCCUCCGACGAUGUCUGCUGUGGCGCACUGCGCGCAGCAGCAUACGUAGCCAGCGCAGAGGCACUGAGUCAGGCAACUUCUGCCCGCCUUGCUGGAUCUCGGUCUGAAACAGGGGCAUUCUUCCGGAAGGGGCAAGAAAUAUACAUAAGCUGGCUGCAGUGGCUACAACACCACCAUGGACUUGAAGGUGCAGCACUUGUUCUGCAAGCGUUCCUUGCACCCGGAACACUCGAGCUGUUUCAGAUACUUUGCCGAAGCACCUGCCCAUAUUCACAGCGACAGCAAGGCCUGUCAAGAGGCUGCCCACAUUCCAUGGCCUUGCAGGACAUAACUCGAAGAUGGAUGGCCUCCUUCCGUGACUCUUUCAGCUGUCGAGCAUGGCUGGAGCACAUGCAGUCAGAAUCGCUCUUGGCAGUGGAGUUCUUCACUCCAGGAGCGUUCGAAAGCGUCUGCCUCUCGGAUGCUCUCAAGGCCUUGGACUCUGCGUGUGCAGAAGACGGUAUCAAGGCUAGGGCUCUGCUGCUGCCGACGGAAGGAGAGCCAAGGAUUCGAUGGGCGAUGUCGCACGAAUGGAGUCGUCGGAUCAGCUUCGAUGCAGCUCCACUUCAGCACCUGAGGGAUGAUUGCGAAAUCCCUAUCCUGAUGCUGGAUGUGACGCCAGGGAAGCAGAUGAAAAUUCUCCGGAGCAUGGGCCAUUUGCUGAGCCAAGGGCGUGUUUUCGGGAUUCUUACUCGCCUGUACAAUCCUCAUCAUUGGCCAGCUGCAGAUGAUCCUUUGAGUGUGUAUGAGUUUUUGGUUUGGCAUGGCUAUCUGCCCGGUCCGCUUGACGAUCCGGAAAGCACUUACACCGCCGUCGGGACAGUUCAGCUUGAGGUGGCGACGGCCGGGGCAGCAACCGACAUUCCCAUCAUCGCUCUGCCGAGGCAGCUCCGGCCCGCUGCGCGUUCCGCUUCGAAUCCCGAGGUUGCAGAGGCCUUCACUUCGGCGCUCCGGCGAAGUUGCGUAGCAGCGCAAGACCACCGGCCCAAUAGUUGGGUGGAGGUGGAUCUAGAAAAAGUCCUGAAGAGGCUCCGGCAAAUCGCCGUACAAAUGUCCUUACCCAAGCCAUCUCGAUCUCGACGACUCAGUGCGAUGUUGGCCUCGGAUGCCUUCGGUCACGAUGUCCUUCUGGCAAGCUUGGCCUUGGCUGCCUCGCCACAUGUGGUUGCCUUGUUUGUGGAGAGCAUGGAGCUGGCGCUUCAUUUGACUACGAAUUUGGCCUCGGUCAGACAAAGGCCUAAACGGCAGCCACAGGUGGUGCUCUUGCACCAACCUCCACGGAGCAAUCUAUGUAGCCUGGUGGAAGAAGGCGUCGCCAUCGCGGUGCAGUCGUUCCGGUGGCUCCGGGCAAAUCACAACCGAUGCGAGCACCCGGUGCAGAUCCACCUAGAAGUUGAUACGGGAAUUGGGCGAACGGGCCUGAGACCUGGGAUUGCCCUGGCCGCCAUCUACUUCGUUCUACAGCGCCCGAAUCGCUUCCUACUCCGAGGCAUCUACACCAAGCUUUGCUGCAUCAGAGACCUAACUCUCACAGGAAGGGCCUUGAGACAGAUGUCUCGGAUGGAGCUUCGUGCCCAGGCAGUUUCUCAUGGAUCCGGCAAACCCCGGCGCUUCGCAGUUCAGGUCGGUGGGGGCCUGGCAAGAACGGAGGCUGCUCCUAUCGUUGCUGCUCUCCCAGCGAGCUGGUGGAUACGAGUUGGCCAGGGUCUCUUCGGCGAUCCUGCUCUUGGCAACCUUGCGCCGCUGGCCAUGACGUGGAAGACUUCCGUGUCAAGCACAGGCUGGCUGCCUGAGAACACACACCUGGGCUAUUGCCCGCAGGGUGCAGACUGUCAUGCGAACAGAACCCAGCUGUUGACAGGAACUUACGCAGCUAUCCUGCCGGUGGGUUUUGCUGAGUUCCAUGGAGAGGCGGUGUGGAGCGGCAGCGGGCUGAAGCUUCCUGUGUUGAAUUCGGCUGCGAGCACGACUAGCGUGGAAUUCCCGGAGCAUGCGCCUCUGAAAAUUGGAGAAGAGGUGACGCUGUGUUCCAACUGUCCGCUAAAUACCAUCCCUUGGAGCAUACCGCGGUUUCCCAAGACGGAUGCGCAGACCUUCAUCUCGUGUUCGCCGGUGGUCUGGUAG